GAAACAACUGAGGUCGUCGUCGAAGUUGAGUUGUCUGAGGUGCUGGCCGCCAACGCUGCCGACGCACCAUGGCGUCUGCUGCCCUCGGGCUGACGCCAAGAUGGGUGAUGCUCCUCGGCGCGGUGCUGCUGCUGCUUCUGCCCAUGGCCUCCGCGCAGGAGACUCCGGGAGUGAGUUGUUCUCAGUACACAAACAGAUCCUGUGAAGAGUGCCUCAGGAAUGUCUCGUGUCUGUGGUGCAACGAGAACAAGGCGUGCUUGGACUACCCUGUGAGGACAGUCUUGCCCCCCGCUUCUCUUUGUAAACUGAGUUCUGCUCGCUGGGGCGUUUGCUGGGUGAACUUUGAGGCCUUGAUCAUCACCAUGUCGGUGCUUGGGGGCUCUGUGCUCCUGGGCAUCGCUGUGUGCUGCUGCUGCUGCUGCUGCCGCCGGAAGAAGAGCCGGAAGCCAGACAAAAGCGAUGAGAGGGCCAUCAGAGAGCAGGAGGAGAGGAGAGUACGGCAGGAGGAGAGGAGAGCAGAGAUGAAGUCAAGACAUGAUGAAAUCAGGAAGAAAUAUGGUCUGUUUAAAGAACAAAACCCAUAUGAGAAGUUCUAAAGCAGCCGGCACACACUUGUGGCAGAUCUUGCAGUUCCAAAUUUUCCUGGGAGUGCACUCUCCAGCAGAGCCUGCGGAGACCUCACCACCACAGCCAUCCUUGGCCUGGGUGAUCCCUCAAGCCUUAGCAUGGGCACCGGAGUGGCCUUGAGAGGACAAUCCUGCUCUUGUUCCCUCUAUCUCUCUAUGUAAUCACCUGAGACACUAAUCUUGUUGAUGUCCUUUUUGGGGGGAGGAAAUGUACUUGGUCCCCACAGUCUUCAAGCCUAUUACAAAGCUGUCAGCCUGAAGUGCUGACUGACUGCUGGGUGGCCUUGCUGCAAGAUUCACAUUGCAACACCCAGAGUAAUGUUUACUCUAUUAUGGCAAGAAUUGACCCACCACCCUCGCUUCCCCAAGGCUGCAUCUUGUCUGCAGGCCUGUUUCUGUGGCAUGCCAUUGCUUUAGUUUUGGGGCCUUUUGGAAGAGGCACCAUCCCCACAGUCUGGUAAAGAUUUGCUUUCUAACCCAGCUAUAUCCAAAAAGCACAAGAGCUUCUAAAGUCACCUGAAGUCUUUAUUACCUCAGGAAACAGCCUUACCAAACCUUUAAUGAAAAUCCAGGCCUCUUGGAUAGGGUUUUUCAUUUUUCCUAAACCGAGAGUCUUUUUACCCAUGGGAAAUCUGAGUUGUGAAUUCAGUUUGAUCCUUUUGUGUAGG